AUGCCCUUCAACGACGCCGGCCGCAAGAAGAACGUCGAAGUGCCGCAGCUGGAACACCUCUCGGAGGAAACGCUCAAGAACCCGCCCAAGCAACGGACGGUCCAGCAGCAGGAAAAGCAAGACAAACUGAUCAAGCAAGAACGGCGCGAAGCGGGCAUCGACACCGCGCGAUCGCGCUCCGCCUCCCGCCGGGACCGCAGGAAGCGCAUUCGUCGGGACAUCCAGGACGGCAAAUACAUGCACACCGCGCCCCUCGAGGCCGUGGAGGAGGCCGAUGCCAACCAGGACCUUCAUGCCAUGGGGCCGUUUGAGCGGAUAGGGCCCGAUAGCACGUCGAUGGAUGGGCCGGUGACGAUGGCGAGGGCGAUGAGGGGAGAGAUUCCCGUGAGGGGGUCGAAUCCCAAUCAGCCGUAUUAUCUCAAGCCGGAGGAGCAGGAAGACGUGAGUCCUCACUCCUCAUCCAUUGCUUCUUACAUACAUACACACAUGUACAGCAAAACUGACGGAAACAAAUUUUUCCUCAAACAGAGCGCACUCAAAGACACCGAGGGUCUCAAACUCUCCCUAGAAGCCAACCUCGACAUUGAAAUCGAACUCAAAGCCUCCAUUCGCGGCGACCUGACGCUAUCACUAUUGUAA